GCCUGCCAAUAGCUCUUUUCACAAAGACAUGCCAAACCCAAUCUCGUUUCUUUCAUUCCUCCCAUACAGUUCUAACACAUUAGGAUUUUCUGCUUCAACAGCACGUCUCUCUCUUUCUCUCUCUGGCUGCACUUCCUGAACUUUCACAUUGAAUGGUGUUUUUUGUCCAGAAAUGUCUGCAAUGAUUGAGACAUUAUCAUUGCUUUCAUCAUUACAUGAUGAAGGCAGAUCUGAAAAUUACAUAGAACCUCACUACAAAGAAUGGUACAGAGUUGCAAUUGAUGCACUAAUAGAGGGAGGCAUUGGUGCAUAUCAAGAAUUUCUUCAAAAAGAAAGAGCUACAGAAUUCCUUGCUGAGGAGGAAGUAAAUUAUAUCACAAACCACAUCCAGAAGCCAUCAGAAAACUCUGAAAAUGCAUAUGGCGAUCUAUCUGAUGAUACCUCAUCAUCGGGAACCUAUUGGCCUGUGGAAUCAGACGUAGAGGCCCCAAACCUUGACCUUGGUUGGCCUUAUGUGUCACCUGGACUUAUUGGAGCUACAGACAUUAAUCUAUAUUUUCAUCCACCAAAAGGACAUAUUCUCACUAUAAAAGAGCUGGUUAGGAAGAUGAUCAAAGAAGCAAGACAGGUCAUUGCAAUUGUCAUGGACACAUUUACUGAUGUGGAUAUUUUCAAAGAACUUGUUGAAGCGUCUUCUAGAGGUGUUCCUGUUUAUCUACUCCUGGAUGAUAUAAACUUUCCUCAUUUUCUCAAAAUGACUGAAAAACAGGGAGUGCAGUUGCAAAGGCUUAGGAACAUGAGAGUGAGGACUGUCAAAGGUCAAGAUUACCUUUCAAAAUCAGGUGCUAAAUUCUGUGGAAAGAUGGAACAAAAAUUUGUAUUGGUUGAUUGUGAAAAGGUUAUGUAUGGAACAUAUAGUUUUAUGUGGUCCUAUGAGAAGGUUCACUUGAGUAUGGCGCAAGUGAUCACAGGAAAACUAGUGGAAUCAUUUGAUGAAGAGUUCAGAACUUUAUAUGCUCGUUCAAGUAUUCCUCUUGCAUUUGGCCAGGAAGAAUCAGUCAUUGUAAAUCAUAAAAAAAUACCAUGGGAAAAUGGCUCAUACCAAAGUUCAAGGACUUCUUUAAUAUCUGCCUCAAGCCAAAGAAGCCUCCUUGGAAGACAAGACCAAAUGCAUACUUUAGAUUCUACCUACUUAAAAUCACGUAAUAGGUUUGCAAAGCAGGAAGAUGAUCAAUACGGAAUGAGGAAUUUGUCAUAUAGACCUCAUCACCAACUAGGAUUUAAUGUUCAAAAUAAAGUUCAAAACUUUCAGCAAUUUGAGCGUAAUGAUAACUGGAAAAGACACAGUUAUGCUGCAGGAGAUGCAUCUCCUUAUCUCAUGCUAAAUAGAGCUGUGAACAAUCGGGUUAAUAGUAAUACUCCAUCUUUUAAUUGGCAGAGGCAGACAGAUGUUGGGAGUGUUGGCUCAUUAUCACGAGGGGGGCAAUCAAGUAAUUAUAAUGGAUCUUUACAAAGCUUUGCUAAUAGAUUGUCACGACGGGUGCCAAAUGUAUCUGAAAGAAAUUCAAGUGUGCGAAGUUCUUUUCAUGGAACAGAUAGCCAUAUUCGGUCUAUGCAACAGAGGAUGCCAACAUUAGAACAUACUACCAAGUCAUUUCUCCGAAACUGGAGAAUUGAAUCAUAUUUGAAUGACUACUCUGAUAUCCCUCCUGAUUCAGUUGAAGCUCCUGGAGACAGAUACGAUGUUAAUGAGGGAAGUGAAAAUGUAAUUGAAAACUCCUUGUACAGCCUAUCAAGGCUUCGAACAUCUCUUGUAUACAAACCAACUUUGACAGAACAAAAAGAAACUAAUAGCACUACGAGCUCCACACAUUCAAACUCAACUAUAGUUGAUUCUCAGGGCAGCCUAACACCAGUUUCAUCAUCGCCAUACAAUGGUAGAUUUUCAGAGGCUAAUAAUGCAAACAAUUUUCCGAGCUAUGAUUCAAAACAGUUGUCUCAACAGGAUUCAUUGAAAAGGCAUAGUUUACAAAUACCAGAAGGUUCCCAGCAGGGUUUAAAUUAUAGCAUCAAUAGGGGUCAAUCAAAUUAUUUGUAUAGCACACUUCGUACAAACAGACCAUUAGAUAAUGCUAGAAAAGUACAAAAUGACAGCAUACUAAAGAGACGUAGUUUACCACUUUUUGAAAAUCGCAAGGUAAAUGCAGGACAAAAUAACUGCAUAAUUCCGCCAAAUUAUAUUUACAAUUCCCUUGUUAAAAAACAAGUUGAAACACCAGCACAUCAAACUGCUUCAAAUUGUAAUGGCAACCCCACAGUAGAUAUUACUUUUUCCUCAGCGAGCCCCAAUGUAAACAACAGUUUGCAAGAUUCAGUUGUGACUAAUACUGUAUCAGUGGAAUCUUUGGAUGAGGCAUACCAAGAAGAUAACUGCAAAGACUCAUCCACCAAAAAAGAAAAUAAAGGAUCUCCAAGUUUUCUUAAAAAAGGAUCCAAAAAACUGAAAUCACUGCUAAAUCUUGCACCUGACAAAAAGGAAAACCUUUCUAAAAAUAAAGCACCUGCUUUUUAUAGAAUGUGUAGCAGUUCUGAUACAUUAAUUUCAGAAGACGACAAUCAAAGCACAAAAAAAUCUGACUCAAAAAAUGGUUCUUCACCAAGACGAGAAAAGUCUUUUCUGUCUAUAUCUCAAAGUAGUCUUCACAAAAGCAAAGAAAAUGUUGGUCUCAGCCCUUCCAAGUCUAUAAAGUCUACCUCUGGUGAAGUUAAUAAAAUAAGUACUUCUCCAACACUUAGUAUUGUUGAAAAUAAGUUUCUUGAAAACACCGGAGAUGCAUCUGCACCACGAUUUAACACUGAACAAAUUCAGUAUCAAGAUACAAAACCAUAUGUACAAAAUGUUCAGCAUGGAAGGACCAUGUCUCCUGCAAUUCUACAUGGGGAAUUAAAUUUGAGACCUGCUCAGCGGGAAGCACCACAGAGAGAGAUGCAACAUUCUGAAAUGCCACCCACACUGCAGAGAGAAAUGCAUUUACGGCAUUCACUACACAGAGAUAUGCAACAAAAAGAACUGCUGCGUAGAGAUCUGCAAAUACAACCUAAACCAGAAUAUUCAAAACCUCAAGAGGAUGUUAAUCAUUCUCGAAUAAAUGAAAGAAGAGUUUACAGUCGAUUUGAACCAUUUUCUAAAUUGGAACACACAAUGCCAUCAGCAACUGUACAAAACACUAGUACACGUGUAUCAGACUUUAAAAGUAUAGGUAAUAGCUACAACAGGCCAAAUAAUAACACAAGCUACAACCCCCAAAUGUAUAACACAAUGCAACAUAAUGAAAAUAGGUUUGGAAGGUUUAUGCAAAAAUUUGGAAACUUUAUUCAUAAGAAACAAUGAUUUUUUUGUUUGUUUUGUCACCCUGUAAAAUUAUAUUUGUAAAUAAAGAAUUAUUUUGCUAUUUAAUAGCAAAAACAUACUUUGUGUAAAAGAAUUAUCUGCUUAUUGAACAAAAUGUUUUUUUUAUAUAUAUAUAUAAUAAAACUAUAAUUACUUAAA